GUCGGCGGCGGUAUCUCCUCUCAUGCUGACCCGCAUUCACCCAUACUGUACAGGCAGAGAGGGAAGGGGGAGGACCGAGCGCGGAGAGCUAACAACCGCUGCACACUUCCCCCGCAGACAGACCGUGCGUGGCCGUGGCUUUGGCAGUCCCGGGGCAGACAUGACUCUCCCGUCUCCACUCCACCUGAAAGCGGACUGAGAGAGGGGCUACCACCGGGGAAGAAGGCACCGGCAGCGACGCCGUUUGACACGAGUUAUUGCAUAGAGUACGACGCUCUGCCAUCAGAUGAUUGUGUCAGUGAAGACGACGUAAGAAGACCGGCCUCUGUCUUCAAAGCACCAGGUGGAGAGCCCUGAAGAAACCUACCUGUGUAAGUGAAGGGGGCGGAGCCAAGCAGCAACUGUUUUUUUUUGUCCUGAUGGACACUGGACAACCACCAGCAUUUUUCUUUUUCAAAAGACAUAAGAUAGGAAUCAAGUCUACUCAGGACUGAUUCUGCACAGUUUUACCUCUUGCCGUCCUCUCCUCUCACUCUGAGCCGAUCAGAGGAAAACCUCUUCAGACCAUCUACCUCCCAGAGAAUCAGGAACACAAAACUGUUUGCUCUCAGUUCCUCAGUUCCCGUCUUCUCUUCAUGCAACAUUUCUUCAUUUACCUCAGGGAUCUUCUCCCACUGUCUACCUCCUCCACCAAAACAGCCAACCCACUGACUUUGGAACACGGCACGGAAACACACCUGUUUGUGACCUUUCGCUGCUGUUACCGUGACGACCUGUAUUGCCUCUCAAGCGCUAACCCGCUGCAGCUGUGACAACCAGCGAUGACCUUGGACCUCUUACCGCCUGCCAGCUUGGAUCCGCUCGCUGCAUGAAUUGUGCCGAUGCUACAAUUGUAGCCUGGACCUCGGGCAAGUUAUCACUGGAAGGACACACUCAUACCCUCAUACCCCGUCUUUUACAGUCUACCUGGCAACUAAAUACCUCAGCAGAUACAGUGUAGAAACUUUUUUUAGUCAAAGGGAGCAGGAAGGGAACUUUUCCGUGUCAAAAAUCCAACUCACUCCAGGAUCUUCCACUUGCCUUGGAGGCAGGAGUAUAGCAACAGUAGCCAGGAAGGCCUCCCAGAGAAGUGAGAGCGAGAGGGUUCGUGAGCGUCACCUGGAUUCUCUUUCCAACAAAGUCACAUCACACAUGCGCCUCGUCGUGUAAGCGGCAGCGUCGUUGGGAGAGGAGAUCACAGAAGAGACUCAGAAGUUCCCCCUGCCUCGAGCUUCCUCUUCACCAUGUGAAGCCUCCAGAGAAAUAAAGCUACCCACAGUGCAGGAGAAGUUCUCAUUAGCUUUCCUCGCUCAGGAGACGCAACUACAGAGACUGAAGCACUUGCUCGCAGAUUUAACCGUUUAACCUCGGAGAAGUGAAACAACAAAAAAAGUGAACAGAGCAAGUCCAUAUUGUGCGACGGCGGAGAGCAAGAGAAGGAGGGAGUGAGGAGGAAAAUGCAACGCUGUCUCUGGCCUCCACCGACGUCCCGCCCACUAUGCUCCACCUAGAUUCCCCUCUCUAUUGAAGGCGCCGGCGGCGAAUGCUGAGCAGGCUGGCGAGAUUAUGGUCCGCCUCAUUGUCCUGUGAUUGGCCGCUGGACCACGCCGAGGUUAAACCGAGCCAAUGUCCAACAAGCAGGAUAGCAACUCGUCUGAGGGGGACGAUAAAGGGUGGCCAGAUGUGCCAAAGAGAAAGAGGAAGAACAGCCAGUGUUCGGUGAAGAGUAUGUCUGCUCUUAGCGUCUCUGUUCCAGGGUACAUCCCCAGCUACCUGGAGAAGGACGAGCCGUGUGUGGUGUGCGGGGACAAGGCCACUGGCUACCACUACCGCUGCAUCACCUGCGAGGGAUGCAAGGGUUUCUUCCGAAGAACCAUCCAGAAAAACCUCCACCCAUCAUACUCCUGUAAAUAUGAAGGCUGCUGCAUUAUUGACAAGAUCACCCGCAACCAGUGUCAGCUGUGCCGCUUUAAGAAGUGCAUCUCUGUGGGCAUGGCCAUGGACUUGGUGCUGGAUGAGGCCAAGCGAGUGGCCAAGCGGCGUCUGAUCGAGGAAAACCGAGAGAAAAGGAAGAAGGAGGAGAUGGUUCGGACGCUGCAGGUGAGGCCAGAGCCGGACACAGCGGAGUGGGAGUUGAUCAGGAUGGCGACCGAGGCCCACCGGCACACCAACGCCCAGGGAUCCAGCUGGAAACAGAAGCGCAAGUUCAUGCCGGAUGAUAUCGGCCAAGGUCCGAUGGUUCCCACCUCCGAUGGUGAUAAAGUGGACCUGGAAGCUUUCAGUGAGUUCACCAAGAUAAUGACACCCGCCAUCACACGUGUCGUUGACUUUGCCAAGAAAUUGCCCAUGUUCUCAGAGCUGCCUUGUGAAGACCAGAUCAUCUUGCUGAAAGGCUGCUGCAUGGAGAUCAUGUCACUGCGCGCCGCCGUGCGCUACGACCCAGAGAGCGAGACGCUGACGCUGAACGGUGAGAUGGCGGUGAAGCGCGAGCAGCUGAAGAACGGCGGGUUGGGAGUGGUCUCGGACGCCAUCUUUGAUUUGGGCAAGAGUCUGGCUCAGUUUAACCUGGAUGACACGGAGGUGGCGCUGAUGCAGGCUGUGCUACUCAUGAGCUCAGAUCGCUCGGGGCUGACCAGCAUAGAAAAGAUUGAGCAGUGCCAAGAGGCGUACCUGCUGGCGUUCGAACACUACAUCAACCAUCGCAAGCACAACAUCCGCCACUUCUGGCCCAAGCUGCUGAUGAAGGUAACAGACCUGCGAAUGAUCGGAGCGUGCCAUGCCAGUCGCUUCCUCCACAUGAAGGUGGAGUGUCCCAGCGAACUCUUUCCCCCGCUCUUCCUUGAGGUGUUUGAGGACCAGGAAGUGUAACACAGACACAGAAGUAAAGAAAAGACAGAGAAGUAAAAGAAAAAAGGGGUGGCUGUGGUGUCGGAGGAAAUGUUUUGGCAAUGUUCAAAGGAGAAAACAAACCAGAUUUUGUUUUUUUAUUCGUCUUCAGUGAGAACUGAAAACUUUUGUCCCCUUUUUUUUUUUUUAUCAAAACCUACAAGACCCACCACCUACCACCAGCAAACACAUUAACAUAACCAGAGAGAAACACACUGCUACUCUUUGUCAUUUUGAGAGGUCUAUGAUACACACACGGGGGGCAUAAUAGUCAGCCUUUUCACAGGGUUCAAUUCCAAACACAGUGCCAUGAAACUGCAGAAUAUCUAUAUGCAAACACAAAGUAUCAUCAACAUUUAACUCCUUUUUACAUCCGUGUGGAAACAAAUAACAGCUGCACUCUGUUCCUGCAACUCAUGCAAACUAAGGUUAUGGUUCUACUCCUUCCUCACACCCUUCAGUAUAGAACAGUGUAGUCCUUCUAAUCUCUGGGACCUGACCACUAGCUGCUCCUCAGAGAGCUCCACCCUGUCCACACAGCCAGCUCUCCUUCUCUGCGUCUCUUUCGCUGCGACGGUGACCGGCCAUCAUCUGCACGCGCAGUCCCGCCCCUUCAGUCCGCCGAGGUCACUGUGAGUGUUUGUCAACCUACCUCCCCUCACACGCCGGACCUCUCUAUCUCCGUCUGAACAUGCACAGAACACACUCGCACACGUUUACCUCAUACCUUGUAUAACGUAUGUCCUUUUUUUUUUAUUCUUAUUAUAAUUAUUAUCAUAUUGUAGUCUAUUUAGAAACCAUUCUCAUUUGUCCAUUUACGUCUCAGCUCGUGAUAGAAGCUACAGUGGGAUUUAUUUUACUGAAAAUAUUGUUGACAAACACACACCUGCGUGUGUGUUUCAUAUUAAUAGUAAUAUAGUUAUAAGAUAGUAUGAUUGUAUUCCUUUCUGUAAACAUACUGUAAAGCGUAUCCUGCAGCCAAUUAGAUUAGCUUAGCACAAAGACUAGAAUUAGAGAAGGUAAUUUUAGCCUGGCUAAUUUAGCUUAUCUUAGUUUAUUUGUAUUACCAUCAACCUCACUUGUGAUGAGUGUUUGAAACUUAUUAAUAUAUUAGUAUAUAUAAGCCUGUGUCAGUAUAACCAAUAAUCACUGUGUUUAUUUACAUGUAUACUGUGUAUAAACAUUGAUUACACAGUGUAAGUUCAUAUGUUUACAGAAAGGAGUCUUAUAUUAACAUCUUAUAUGUUCGCCCCACUGUGCUUGGAGAUUAAAUUUAUGGAAUCCACAAAACUAAAUGUCAAUAAUAGCAUAUAAUAUAAAUAAUUUAUAUAUUAUCUAGAUUAUUUAUAUCUAGAAUACCUCUUCAACACGUACCUCUUGUUUUUAUUACCUCACACAUACAUAUUUCACGCAUCUUUUA